UUUUGGAAAUUCCUGGCAGCCAAGAUUCCUUGUCCUAAAAAUGGAAUAAUCGUUGCCCAUCCUCCUCCCUCCUUUCCUUUCCCAACAUGCCUAAGUGUGUCACGUCUAGACGCGUCCCCCGGUUCUCUUUGGAACGCGAUCAGGGUUAGAAGUCCGGUCUUAGAACGUCGCGUUUCCCAACAUUCGAUGCCCUCCUGCGCUGAAGAUCUCGGCGUUCUAUUUUAGAAUCUUCGAUGUCCCGAGCAUUUUGUGACCUAUAAACUGAUCAAAAUGAGUAGCAGCGGCGGCGGGGAAAAACAGGGCGUUGGACAGGAGAGCAGUUCCCUCCGCACGUACCCGAAGUUGCCAGUUUGGGUGGUGGAAGAUCAUCACGAUGUUCUUCCCUUCAUUUACCGAGCUAUUGGCUCGAAGCACCUACCUGUUAGCAACAUCAGCUUUGUUCAUUUGGAUUCCCACCCAGAUCUCCUUAUUCCAGUAGACAUGCCUGCAGAUACUGUGUUCGACAAAGAAGCUCUAUUUAGUGAACUAAGCAUUGAAAACUGGAUUAUGCCUGCUGUUUAUGCUGGUCAUUUUUCACAAGUCAUAUGGUUACAUCCAGUUUGGGCUCAGCAAAUAGAGGAAGGAACUCAUCAUUUUUUGGUGGGCAAAGAUGCCUCUACUACUACAAUAAGGGUUACAAGCACAGAUGCUUACUUCCUUUCUGAUGGUCUCUAUGUCCCUGCUGAUCAGCUGGAGAACAAAAAAUCUUUACAUCUGAAUGUGUGCCUUGUGAAUCCCUCCAAAGCGUCUGGUGAUUGGGAAGGCAACCAAGCUCCACGUUCUGCUAAGAAGUGCAAAUUAAGCAUGGACGACACAGGCGAUGCCUCUUCAUCAAAUGACUCCUCUGACCCGACCCACAGUUGCACAGUUGAACUGUCUGAUGGCUUUGGAAAGAGAAUCUCUGGGCAUGAGAAGCCGAGCAAUUCCCAGGUUCCCUCUGCAUCUGGUUCCACAGGAAAACACCAGCAUCAAAUGUCAGAACUUGCUGGAGACAUUCUGCAAGUGCUGAAGAAGGGCACUGCUUUUGUUUUAGAUAUUGACUUGGACUUCUUUUCAGUUAAGAAUCCUUUCAAAGAAAUAUACACACAGGAAGAAUACAAACUCUUACAAGAACUGUACAGUUUUAAGAAGCCUAAAAGCAAUUUAUCGGAGGACGAGUUGGUCGACUGUGUAGAGAACCGCACACACCAGCUGGAAGAUCUAGAAGCAGCUUUUGCUGAUUUAUGUGAUGAUGACACUGAAGAAAACCUGAAAAGAUGGGCUGCAAAUCCUGGAAUGAAACCUCUAGUUCAACUGGUGCGUAGUUUGAAAGAUCGAAUGGGAACUCCAGAUUAUGAGAUGGUUCAUCAGGCCGGCCUUACGUGUGAUUACUCAGAAAUACCUCAUCAUGUUAGCACGGAAGAGGAGAUAGAGAGUUUCGUACGGUCGAUACAACAUCUCUUGGGAAGCUUACCGAAACCAACCCUUGUGACCAUAGCCCGAUCCAGCUUGGAUGACUACUGUCCUGCAGAGCAAGUUGAGUUCAUACAAGAGAAAGUCUUGAACGUACUGAAUUUGGCAUAUGGCACCCUGGAUAUUCAUUUGGAAUACUUGGAAAACGCAGAUCCUACUGGAACAGAAUGUUCAUCUACAGCAUAAUCAACCUGGCUGUAGUCUAUGGAUGUUAAAAAAAAAAGAGAGAGAGACUUUGAUAUUACGAAAGUAUUGUGCUUUGCUUUCUAUGGAGUGGUAUUCUUAAAAAAGUAUUUUAGGAAGCUGAAUUGGCUAUGUAACACUUAUUGAUCAUACUUGUAAGCCAAACCAUUUCUCUUUUUUAAAAAAUUGAAUUGUU